AAUUAAGACAAAUGUAAUUGUGUUGUAAAUUGGGACUAAGGGAUUCUUAUUGAUAAGGUCUCCGCAGUCCGAUUGAUAAGGUCAGUUGUAUCUAUUAAUUAAAGGGGUCCUUUAGAGGGGUGUUACAAGAGUGCAAAACCAUGUGGUUAAAGUGAGAAGCUGAAAAUGGCGAUGAAGAAGUUGGCGUUGGUGAAAGUGAAAGCCCCUUGUUGUCCUCUCCCCUCCCCACCAGCACCAGGAGACACAGCCGUCUCCCCCGUCCACUACGCCCGCUUCCUGGACUUCCUGAAAUCCCACUGGGCCCCACCUUUCACCCCGGACACCCUCCUCCACUUUUUGAAAUCCAAGCUCCAUCACCACCCUUCCUUCUCCCACUUCGACUUCCACCUCUUCACAUGGGCCUCCUCCUCCCUCGACUCUUUCCGCCACACCCACCUCACCUUCCACUGGAUGGCCCGCUCCCUCGCCUCCACCCACCGCCUCCCCCAACUCCGCACCCUCCUCCACCUCAUCUCCUCCAACCCCUGCCCCUGCUCCCCCUCCAUCUUCUCCUGCCCCCAAACCCAACCCAUCUUCUCCCUCUCCAUCCACGCCUUCUCCAAAUCCAAUCUCCUCAACGACGCCGUUUCCGCUUUCCACUCCAUGUGCAAACUAAUCGACGGCAAGCCCAACGUCGCCGUCUGUAACCUCCUCAUCCACGCCUUCGUUAAACGCGGCUCCCUCAACGCCGCUCUCCAGUUUUACCGCGAGAUGGUGCUAAAACACAGGGUUAAGCCCGAUGUUUUCACCUUUAACAUUUUGAUUAGUGGUUAUUGUAGAAACUCGCAGUUUAACUUGGCGUUGGAGAUGUUUCACGAGAUGGGGAAAAUGGGAUGUUUACCCAAUGUGGUUACUUUUAAUACGUUGAUUAAGGGUUUGUUUAGGGAAGGGAACGUUGAGGAAGCCAUUGGGAUGGCUCGUGAGAUGGUUCAAUUAGGGAUUCGAUUUUCGAGUGUUAGUUGUGAGAUUUUGGUUCAGGGGCUUUGCAAGGAAGGGAGGGUUUUGCAGGCGUGUGAGUUGUUGCUGGAGUUUUGUGAGAAGAAGGUUUUGCCCGAAGGGUUUGAUUGUUUUGCGUUGCUGGAGGUUUUGUGUGGGGAAGGGUAUGCUAUGAGAGCGUUGGAGGUUGUUUAUGAGCUGUGGAAUGGGGGUAGUGUUCCGAGUUUGGUUGCUUGUAUUGUCAUGGUUGAUGGGUUGAGAGGGUUGGGGAAGAUUGACGAGGCGAGGAGAUUGGUGGAAAGGAUGCUUGAAGAGGGUUUGGUGCUGGAUGUUGUGACUUUCAACUGUGUUCUUCGGGAUAUUUGUGAUAAGCGGAGAACGAAUGAGGCGAAUAGAUUGAGGUUGCUUGCUUCAAGCAAGGGUUUUGAACCAGAUGAGAUGACGUAUAGGAUUUUGGUCAUGGGGUAUAUAGGGGAGGGAGGGAGAGAGCAAGGAGAGUUGCUGGUGGAUGAGAUGUUGGAUAUGGGGUUUAUACCUGAUCUUGCUUCAUAUAAUCAAUUGAUGAGUGGAUUGUCGAAUUGCCGACGCCCUACACGCCGUCAAGUAAGCAAAUUUGAUCAAUGAAUAUGCAAGCAUUUAAGAUUUAACUUGGUUUCAAUUUGAUGGGGCCAAGGUGAUAGGGGAAUGAUUGAGAACUGAACUGAUAAGAGAAUUGAAAAUGGAGAUGUGGGGGAUUGAGACAAUGAAAAUCCUUGUCUCAUAUGUCAUUGCCUCAUUGGUACUAUGCUACUGUCCCUUGAUUAACACCAGGACAGAUGCCAUUGGAGCUAUGGUCUACCUGAUGUUUUACAAAGGAAUGUUGAGUUAAAGUGUCAAACCAAGCUAGACAGCAAUGUUGUUGAGUAUUUGGAUAAUUGAAGUGCCUUUUUUGAGCCUGAAGUCUCCAUGCUACCCUCUUUGGAUGCGUUAGAAAUGACCCAGGUGAAAAUGGAGCUGGAUUCUACAAUCUCCUCGAUGGGAUUUCUGCUAAUAGAAAGUUUGUUUGUUAAGAUGCAGUAGCUUCAGUUUGUAAUGUGUAGUUUUAUCAGGGAUUUACAAAUGAUUCAUUGUUAUAGGCAAAAAGAUUUACCAAAAUAUGUACUAGUUUGUUUUACUGAAAAAUUUAGUUAGCUUGUGCUGCAAGCACUGUUUAUUUGCUUGUAUUUAAAGGAACGGGAAACAAAAAUCAAGUUAUGAUGAUUGAGAAUGUGACUUACGGCUUUGAAAAGUUUCUUCAGCACUCUGAACAAGAAGUGGAUUAGCAUUGUGCAUCAA